AUGACGAACACUGCUGCUGUCACCACAACCCCCGAGGUCCCAGUGACCAAGUCCGUUGCCAGCAACUCCACCGCUACUCCCUCCACCGAGGAUGCGCUCUUCCCUCUCUCCCUGAUCUCCCCCGAAGUCAGCGCUGCCCUCCCCGAAAACUACACAAUCCGUCCCAUGCGCCGUUCUGACUACCAACGGGGCUACCUGGACGUUCUCCGCGUGUUGACCACCGUCGGAGAGAUCUCGGAGGAGCAGUGGGACAAGCGCUACGACUGGAUCUCCUCCCGAAACGACGAGUACUACCUUCUUGUCGUCUGUGACGGAGAAGGACGUGUCGUUGGCACUGGCAGCUUGAUCGUGGAGCGCAAGUUCAUUCACUCCCUCGGCCUGGUGGGACACAUUGAAGACAUUGCCGUCGAGAAGGGACAGCAGGGAAAGAAGCUGGGAUUGAGAAUCAUCCAGGCUUUGGAUUACGUUGCUGCUCACGUUGGAUGCUACAAGAGCAUUCUCGACUGCUCGGAGGCAAACGAGGGCUUCUACGUUAAGUGUGGAUUCAAGCGUGCUGGUCUCGAGAUGGCACACUACUACUAG